AUGAAGGUAUAACUAAUAGGCCUUCUUCUGUUUUAUUUGGUUACUUCCAAAAACAUACCAUUAUAAUUAGAGAUUGGGUUAAUUCAAUUUGAAGAUCUUUAACCUGGAAAACUAAAAUAUUAAGUAUGACAAAUUGCAAAUGAAAAAUAAAGGAAAUUUAAUUUGAUCAGCCAUUUAUCCGUGUCCCUUAGGUUGCAUUAACAAUUAAUAGUCUAAUGAAUCAUAAUUCUUAAGUGUAUUUCAGUAAGAUUUACAAUGUGACUACAGAUGGUACACUAUUUUACAUUAAUUAUAGGAUUUACAAUAGGAGUUUUGAGUGGAACAGAAUAAUCAUUAGAAUAUCGUUAUAUGGCUAUCGUUGAUGAUAGGGUAUAAGUGAAUUGUUUGAAUUUUAAAGUCAAAGAAAUUGUGUUCAUUCCUUAUUUAAAGUAUUUGCAUCUAAAAUCUCUAGAUAGUUUGUCAAAGUACCUAAAUCAUGGGUAUUCUUAACUGGAGUAAGAUAAUAAAGCAAUACCUUCUCAUUUUAAUAGGGUAUCCACAACUAAUCUAAAAAUUAGAUAUUAGAAAUGAAGGAAUCAUGCUUAAGUUCCAAUCCAUAGAUACAGAAAUAUUAGGAGUUUGCGUUGUGGCUGGUGCUGUUGAUAUUCUAUAGUCUAGAAUCGAUGAUUUACCAACAUUCUAAGGAUAUAAUCUUAUGAAACAAUAAAUAGCUUUAUCUAUAAUAGCUUAAUCAAGUUUUAAUUGUGAAGAUGAAUGUUUAUUAUACUUUAGUAAUUUUUAUUAUAAGUUAGGGAAUGAUUAAACUAAAUAAUUAAAAAUUAAUACUGAAUUUCAUAAUUAAUAAGAAAAGCCAUCAAUAUCUAAAUUCAUACCUUUAAGAAAAGAAAAUCCUACAAUAUCUUAAGAUAAAGUAGAAAAUCUAAUAGAAUAGACAAUUAAAAUAGAUAAGAUUGAAUAACCACACAUAUCUCAUGAAGAUAGUUUAAAGAAGAUGAUAAAUCAAUCAAUUUUAAAUUUGGAAGAAUAAAUAAAUCAUCCUAAUGGAAUUAAUAGUUUUGAUUCAAAUCUUAAUGAGAUAUCUUAAUAAGAAGAUAUUUAGAGUGUUAUUGAAAGUGAUAGUGAUAGUGAUAGUGAUAGUGAAUCUGAAGAUGAAGAAGAUGAAGAAGAUGAGAUUACUACAAUUAAAAUAUCAAAACCUAUUAAUAUUGAAGAAGAAUUAUAAAAAUUAGAAAAGAUUUCAGAAGACAGAACCAAAAAGAUUAAUAUUAUUGAAUUUAAUCCAAAAGAAUCUAUUAAUGUUUCAUUUUUAUCUAGAAAUAAUAUUGAUAUGUAAGAAGAAAGCAAAGCUGAAAAACUUAUUGAAUUAAAAUAUAUAGAUAGAGCACCUAAGUUUUCACCUAAAAUUUAAUAGAUGUUUGAAGAAGCCAAAAAGAAUAUUGAAGUUGAAUAAUCAACAAUAGAUAAAGUAGAAUCUAAAAUAAAUAAUAAACUAUUAAUAAAAGAUUAAUUGAAAUUAAAAACAGAAAGUUUAAUGCAAUAAAUUGAGAAUACAUCACAUACUGAUCAAAAAGAUAUUCCUCAAUAAUUAACAAUCAAUAAUAAAAUUGAAUAAUAAACAUAAGAUAUUCCUAAUCAACCUAUAGAAGAAGAAUAAAAAGUUACUCCUCCAACUAAUGAGAAAUAAAAUACUAAAAAACCAAUUCUUAAUGAAUACGAAACAAUUUUUGCUUAAUUUGCUAACAAUAAUAAUUUAAGAUCUGUAAAACAAUAAUAACGCUUUUCUAGUCCAUUAUUUGACACAGAAAUUACAAUUGAAUUAGAUUAAGAGGAAUAAUAAACUGAACCAUAAUAAGAAUUAAAAGUUCUUAAUCCAAGAGAAGAAAGACUUUAAAAAUAUUUAUAAAAAGCUGAUGAAGUUGAUCUCAAUUUCUUAGAAAACAUUAAACUUGUUUCGGAAUAAAAUGAAUAAUAAGAAAAUUCAACAGUAGAACAAGAUUAAAUUUAAGAAGUCUUUGAUCAAUCCAAUGUAUCAUAUACUGAAUAAUUAAAUUUGAGAAAAAGUAAAUAUUCUAUUUAUUAUAUAUUAGAUCAAAUUCUUUAAGAACUUCAAUAGAAAUACAAUAUAAAAGCUUCACCAAUUUAGAGUUUUGAAGAAUUCAAAUUGAAAGUACCUUAAGAUCAGUAUCCAUAAAUAUUGUAUGAAAAAUAUCUAGAAUAAUUGAAAAAGCAACAUAUAGGAGCUAGUUUUAUAGAAACAGAUCACAAUGUAAGAUCUAUAGAAAACUCAUAUUAACUUGAAGCAGCCUAUUAUGAAUGGCAUUUAUAAAAAAACAUAUGA